GCAAAGUUGCUGCUUCUCAACGGCGGGAUUUUUGGAACCGGCGUUGGCCCCUGAGGCCUCAGGUGGAGAGGGGCGCGUUGGGACACACUGUCCCUUGCCCUUUCCCUCCGUGGGCUGAAGCAGACUCCGCAGGAGCGAGGGUCGCGGAGCUGGGUGGCUGAGUCAGCGGAAAUGUCCUUCCCGGCGUGAAGUGUCGGGCUCGGCUGGCGCCUGCGGGAGCGGAGGUCUCCUUACUGGGCCCGUUUGCGUCCGUCGUGAACCCAGCUGUGGUGGAGCGAGAGGGAAUUUGGGAGCGCCAGGGUUUCCUCCGGACUUAACCCUUCGCUGUCAUUUUGGCGGCUGUUUUACUUCAGGGGAUUUCAGUUUCGACGUAGUUUUGGAUCCAGACUUGAAGAAUGAUUCGUGAAGGGAAUGGUUGACAGCGUCAUCACGGCAUUUUAUUGACCAUGGAUUCUUAUGAUGCACCAGAAUCGACUCCUAGACAGUGUGCAUCCUCAAGGCUUAAAGAUUACUUUAUAGGUGCCACCCCUCUGCAAAAACGAUUAGAAUCAGUCAGGAAGCAGACUUCAUUUAUCCCGACUCCACCUCGAAGGAAAAUUCCCCAGUGUUCACAACUUCAGGAAGAUGUUGAUCCUCAAAAGUUUGCAUUCCUUCUGCAUAAACAAUGGACUUUAUAUAGUUUAACUCCCUUAUAUAAAUUCUCCUAUACUAAUUUCAAAGAGUAUUCUAAACUUCUGAAUGCAUUUAUUGCUGCUGAAAAGCAAAAAGGACUUGCUGUGGAAGUGGGAGACGACUUCAACAUCAAAGUGAUUUUCUCUACUCUCCUGGGAAUGAAAGGAACACAGAGAGACCCUGAAGCAUUUCUUGUCCAGAUUCUGUCAAAAUCUCAAUUGCCAUCUGAGCACAGAGAAGGUAAAGUGUUGUGGACUGGUUGGUUCUGCUGUAUAUUUGGAGACAGUCUUCUGGAGACUGUUUCAGAAGAUUUCACCUGUCUACCCUUAUUCCUUGCAAAUGGUGCAGAGACUAAUACAGCCAUAAUUGGAACCUGGUUUCAGAAAACUUUUGACUGUUAUUUCCGUCCCUUAGCAAUCAAUGCGUUUAAUCUUUCUUGGAUGGCUGCUAUGUGGACUGCAUGCAAAAUGGACCAUUAUAUGGCUACUACUGAAUUUCUUUGGUCUGUACCCUGUAGCCCUCAAAGUCUGGAUAUUUCUUAUGCCAUACAUCCAGAAGAUGCAAAAGCUUUGUGGGACAGUGUUCACAAAACACCUGGGGAAGUUACCCAGGAGGAAGUUGACUUAUUCAUGGACUGCCUGUAUUCACAUUUCCAUAGACAUUUCAAAAUUCAUUUAUCAGCCACAAGAUUGGUUCGUGUUUCAACAUCUGUAGCUUCAGCACAUACUGAUGGAAAAAUAAAGAUUUUGUGUCAUAAAUACCUUAUUGGAGUGUUGGCAUAUUUGACAGAACUGGCAAUUUUUCAAAUUGAGUGAGGCCUUGUGGGGACUAUAAGUUAUGGAUUAUAUACCUUUUUCUCAUUGACUAUCUGCCUAAUUGCUAUGCUGAGGGGGACUGCAGGAGAAAUGGGCAUCUGUACAUCUGUUUUCCUCACAGUGCCUUGGAGUUACCCAGAUGAAAGCCAAGAAGGAUCUAGAAGAACAAAGAAGGUGGUAGUGGAUGAACCACAGCCAGGUGCUCGUGUAAUAUAGUCCUGGUCAUCUGGGAUGCCAGUCUGUAGAAUAUGCCGAGUUAUUAAUUUGUUGGCCAUCUUUCUAAAAAUAUAUAUAAUGUUUUAUUAUGUGAAAAUUUUUAGGAUUCAAAUGAGAUACCUCUAAUAUUGAAUAUUUCUGAUUUGCAUCUUUAAAACCUUUAAUCCCUAAUUUUAAGCAUUUUAGACUUGUAGUCAGAGAGAAUUUCUAUGUUCUAUAGACAUUUUCCUAGCAUCAUUUUGCUGUAGAGAACCAGCAAUCAAAAUCCUCCCCAAAGGAAACUAAAGUUACUAUACAUUUUUUAAGCCACUAAUAUGCUUCUGUUUUUAAUGCUGUUUAAUUCUUAUUGCAGUAUUGAAUUAAAUAUUCACUUUUAAAAGGAAGCCUUGUGUUUAUCAGUGUUUUGGUGACAGAUCUUUAAUAAAUAUCUCAGGAAUGGGAAGUCAUAGGCUUUUUCUCUAGCACAAAGGUUACUCAACAACUGUAUGGAAUCAUACAAAUCAUAGAGUUGAAAGGCAGCUGUGAAUCUUUUUUGAGGGCAGGAAUUAUAUUAUGUAAUUUUCAUGUCCCUAAUUUUGUUUUAGCACAGUGCUUGCUAAAUAUCUGUAGAUUAAGUGAAUUAAUUUUAACCAACUCUUACAUUUUUGCAGGUGAAAACUACAAAAUUGCACAACUUAGAUGUGCACAAGAUGUUAUAUCUAAAACUCUUCUUUUUACUCACCGAGCAGAGGAAGAUUUUGUUUUACUUUAGAAACAAUGUUUUUUAAAAUCUUCUUUGAAAGAAAAUAACUAUAAUAGGCUGUGAUUCAAAAACAAGGACUAACUUCUGGAAUGGGGUAUUAUUUCACAUAUACUAGGCACAGCAGAAGUAGUGAAAAAAGCAUGGGCUUUGGAAUCAGCCAUUGGAAUGGACAUUCAUUGUCCUUUGGAAUCAGACAUUCAUUCAUUCAACUAAAAUUAAGCUCCCACUGUCUACUCAGAAUUGUAUUGGGUAAAAAGAGAUAUAGUAGUGAAGAUAAAAAAGAUCCUUGUCUUGUGGAAAUUAUAUUCUAGUAGAGGAAGGCAAAAGAUAAAUAAUUUCAGAUGGAGAUAAAUGCUAUAAAUAAGGCAGUGCAGUAUGAAAAAGGGUGACUGGGAUAGUGCCUACUUUAUAUACAGUUGUCAAAGAAGGUCUCUUUGAGGAAGUGACAUUUGAGCUGAGUCCUGAAUGAUGAGAGGGAACCAGCUGUUUGAAGAUCUGAGGAAGCAUGUGCUAGGCAGGUGAAACUGCAAGAGCAAAGGCCUUGAGAUAGGCAAGAGCAAGCUCUUAUUUGAAGAGUAAAGGAAGUCUGUGUGGCUGGAGCAUGGUAAGGGUGGAGUAGUAUGAGAUGAAACUAAAGAGAUUGUGCAGGGACUUCCCUCAUGGUCCAGUGGCUGAGACUCUGUGCUUCCAUUGCAGGGUCGUGGGUUCGAUCCCUGGUGAGGGAACGAAGAUCCCACAUGCCAUGUGGCCAAAAUAAUAGUAAGUAAAUAAAUAAAAUUAAAUUAAAAAAAAAGACUGUGCAGCAGAGACUUCUUCCAUCGUGAUAAGUCUCCCAAUUUCUGGCUGGGCGUGUGGUUGCCCAGAAUAAAGAUGACAUUUUCUAGCAUUUCUCAUAGGUAGGUAUAGUCAUAUGACUAAGUUCUGACCCAAUGGCAUAAAAAUGCCAGUGUCAUGUAGAGCUUCUAGAAAUCUUGUUAAUAAACAGUAGGCCUUUACCCCUUGCCCUUAUUCUUCUUCCAAUUUUGCUGUUUGGAACACAUAAAAUGACUGGUACUCUAGUUGCUCUUUUAGGUCACUGGGAUAAGGGUCAGGUCCUAGGGACAGCAGAGCAUGGCCUGGAAGGAGUUUGUGCCCUGAGGACUUCUUGAAGCUGAACUCCAGUGCCAACCGGGAUGUUCUUCCUCCAGACUUAUGUAUCAGAGAUGUAAACUUCUAUCUUGUUUAAGCUAUUGUUACUUUGGUUCUCUUGCUCAUAGUCAAACCUAAUGCUAACUGAUACAGAGAGGAAGAAUCCACAUCAUCUAAGUUUUUACAGGUACUAUGAAGAGACUGGAUUUUAUUCUAAAUGCAAUGGGGAACCACUGAAGUUUUAUGCAGAAGAGUUAUAUGAUCCAAUUUGUAUCUUACAAGAUUUUAUAAGAUAUGAUGGAGAAUGAGUUGUAGAUGGACAAGAGUGGAAAAGGGAAAACAGGUAAAAUGUUGUUAGAAAUGGUACAACCUCAUGGAGAAGUUAGCAAUAUCUAACAAAAUUAUGUGUGAUUUACCCUUUGACUAGUAAUCCCACUUCUGGGAUUCUAUCCCCAAAAUUCACUAGCAAAAAUAUAAAGUGAAGCAGAAACGAGGCUAUUUAUUCCAACAGUAUUUGUAAUAGCAAGACUAAAAACAAUCCAAAUGCUCAUCAGAGAGGGAUUGGUUGAAUAAAUUAUGGUAUAGCUGCACAGUGAACUACUACUGUGUAAUUAUAAAAGGGUUUGAGGAAGAUAUAUAAUAUUGCCAUGGAGUUCUCUCUAGGAUAUAUUGUUAUGUGAAAGAGCAAGAUGAGGAUAGAGUGUAUAGUAUGCUAUCUUUUAUGGAAGGAAUGGGGGUGGAAUAUGAGUAUGUGUGUAUAUUUCCCUACAAAAACAAUGGAAGGAUAAACCAAAAACUAGUAAAAGUGAUUGCUAAUGGAAUGAUGGGAACCAACUGUGUAGAGGGGACAGGAAUGAAAGUUAGGACUCACCUGAAUGUUCCUUGUUUAUAGUUUGGAACCAUAUAAGUGUUUUAUGUAAUUAUGAAACAAAAUUAGAUCAAAAAGAAAAAGCAAUCCUUAAAAACUGAAAACAAAUGAACCUAACUAUAUUAUGUUCAGACCAUAAUCACACAAAGAAUCGUUUUUAGUAUCUCUAAAUCCUUGUAUUUUGACUGUAUAUCAUCAGUGGGCUAUAUCCUAGGAAAAGAAGAGCAGCAAAGGAAUCUUAAAUUGCAUUAAGUUAUCUUAUUUUUAAUAAUAUUGGUAUUGUUAUUUUACCACUUUUCAUAACAGGAUAAAAUAUAUGUGACUAUAACAAUGUUAGAAACCAAGAUUUCUAACAUUGUAAGAGAAAAAUACAAUUAUAAAAUCAAGUAAGUUAAGUAGAAACUCUGUAAUAUUAACUUUGAAUUGGAAAUAUCGGAAUGAACUCAUUUAUUUUUGAAAUGCAAAUUUUAAUUUUGAUGAAGCCCAAUCUGUCAAAUUUUUCCUUUUGUUUCUUGU